AUGAUAGAUAAUUCUUCUCAUGUAAGGUUGUUUUUUCUUUCAGGUUUAAUUGAAGGAACUAACCCCAGAAUUGCUCUCUUCUCUGUCACUUUACUGUGUUACUGUUUCAUUGUGAUGAUAAAUGUUGCUCUUAUGGUGACCAUCAUCUUGGAUAAGAACAUGCAUGAACCAAUGUAUAUUCUAUUGUGCACUUUGUGCAUUAAUGGGCUUUAUGGGACAACAAGUUUCUACCCAAAGAUUCUAUGGGAUCUGCUGUCUCCUGUUCAUGUAAUCUCUUAUUCUGGAUGCCUUUUUCAGGCUUUCGUUAUACAUUCAUUUGUCUGCAGUGAUUUGUCCAUUCUUGCAGUUAUGUCCUAUGACAGAUAUGUGGCUAUAUGUCGACCCCUGGUGUACCACUCUGUCAUGUCAAAGAAGAGACUUUUAAUGUUAAUAUCUUUGGCCUGGUUCACACCUUUUUGCAUUAUAGGCACAAAUAUGAUACUCACAUCUAGAUUAAAGUUAUGCAGCCCAUAUAUUGACAAACUUUAUUGCAUGAAUUGGAUUAUUGUGAAACUUACUUGUUUCCCAGCUGACACUUUUGUUAACAACAUAAUUGCUUACAUCACAAUAAUCAUUUACGUAUUUCAUGGAUUUUUAAUAGUUUGGUCCUACUUGUAUGUCAUCAAAACAUGUGUGAAUUCUUUAGAAAACAGGGCAAAGUUCAUGCAGACAUGUGUGCCACAUUUAACCUCCUUGGUAAUUUUUCUGGUGACGGUACUUUUAGAUAUCAUGCAUAUACGACAUGGUUCAACAAACUUACCUCAAGCACUUAAGAACUUUAUUGCCAUAGAAUAUCUUGUCAUUCCUUCAAUAAUGAAUCCUCUCAUUUAUGGUUUUAAAUUGACUAAAAUUCGGAAAAAGAUUAUUGGUGUUAUUACUUUUACAAUAAAACCACUUGCUAAGUAA